UAUAUACAGCGGUGCAUAUUUUUAUUAGCGAACUCUUAACUAUAGCGGUAAUGCCUGAGAUAAAGAUUACCCCUUUAGGAGCCGGUCAAGACGUUGGACGAAGUUGCAUUUUACUUUCAAUGGGGGGAAAAAAUAUAAUGUUGGAUUGCGGAAUGCAUAUGGGUUACAACGAUGAACGUAGAUUUCCGGACUUUUCUUUUAUAUGUCCUGAAGGCCCCAUUACUCCCUAUAUAGACUGUGUCAUCAUUUCUCAUUUUCAUUUAGAUCAUUGUGGAGCAUUACCAUACAUGUCUGAAAUGGUGGGUUACAGUGGCCCUAUUUAUAUGACUCAUCCCACUAAAGCAAUAGCUCCAAUACUCUUGGAAGAUAUGAGAAAAGUGUCAGUGGAGAGGAAAGGAGAUCAAAACUUUUUUACCUCACAAAUGAUAAAAGAGUGUAUGAAAAAAGUGAUUGCUGUAACAUUACAUCAAAGUGUGAUGGUAGACAAUGAUUUGGAAAUUAAAGCUUAUUAUGCUGGGCAUGUUCUUGGGGCAGCUAUGUUUUGGAUACGAGUUGGGUCACAAUCAGUUGUUUAUACUGGUGAUUAUAACAUGACUCCAGACCGUCAUCUAGGUGCUGCCUGGAUUGAUAAAUGUAGACCAGAUUUGCUUAUAAGUGAAUCAACUUAUGCAACUACAAUAAGAGAUUCCAAAAGAUGUAGAGAAAGAGACUUCCUGAAAAAAGUUCAUGAGUGUAUAGAUCGUGGAGGAAAGGUUCUGAUACCUGUUUUUGCAUUAGGCAGAGCACAAGAACUUUGUAUAUUACUGGAAACUUAUUGGGAGCGCAUGAAUUUGAAGGCACCAGUAUACUUUGCUGUUGGUUUAACUGAAAAAGCAAAUAACUACUAUAAAAUGUUUAUAACUUGGACUAAUCAGAAGAUCAGAAAAACAUUUGUGCAGAGAAACAUGUUUGACUUUAAACAUAUCAAACCAUUUGAUAGGCAGUACAUUGAUAACCCAGGGCCAAUGGUAGUUUUUGCUACACCAGGAAUGUUACAUGCAGGUCUUAGUUUACACAUUUUUAAAAAAUGGUCAUCUAAUGAAUCCAACAUGGUUAUACUUCCUGGAUUUUGUGUACAGGGCACAGUUGGACACAAAAUCUUAAAUGGUGCUCGCAAGAUAGAGUUCGAAGGCAGACAGAUUAUUGAAGUGAAAAUGUCCGUGGAGUACAUGUCCUUUUCGGCCCAUGCAGACGCUAAAGGAAUUAUGCAACUCAUUCAGUACUGCGAACCACGAAACGUAAUGUUGGUCCACGGAGAACCAGCCAAAAUGGAAUUUUUAAAGGGCAAAAUUAAACAAGAAUUCAACUUGGAAUGUUUUAAUCCUGCCAAUGGUGAAACAUGCGUGAUAAAUACUCCUGUUAGAAUCCCGAUAGAUGUUUCUCUUCCGCUUUUAAAGGCAGAGGCGAAAAAAUUUAGCGCUUUACCAUCAGAGUCAAAAAGGCAAAGAGUUCUGCAUGGUGUACUACUGAUGAAAGACAAUUCCACUUGUCUUAUGGAUGUAGAUGAAGCUUGUAAAGAAGCGGGAAUCACAAGACAUGUGAUUAGAUUUACUUCUACAGUACAUGUAAAUGAUCCUGGACCUGCUAUGGCUACAGCUCAUAAACUACAUCUCUUAAUCAAAGACCGGUUGCCUAUGUGGUCGGUGACGUUUACCGAUGGAUCUAUUUCGUUGGAAUCUGUGUUGGUAAAAGUAGAAGGGGACGACGAAGAACAAAAGAGUGUUUUCGUUUCGUGGACUAAUCAAGAUGAAGGUUUGGGGAGCUAUAUCUUAGGUUUACUUAAUUCCAUGAGCAACUAACAUUUGUAUAAAAUAUGUUAAUUUUUAAGACCAAUUAAUUAAAUAAAGU